UACUUUCUAUUUUUCGUUUUUAUCGCUGAGACGUUGUACGCAUAACUAUAUAAUAUUAUUAUUGUAACACACGUUAUUAAACGUACAUCGAAAUAAAACUCAAUAACAAUUACAUUAAAUUUCUAAAUAAUAUUCAUGUUGUAAAAAAAAUUCAUACCAUACGUUUUCGCACGCCGCGUCAUGACAACUUAUAAAUUGACGUACUUCAACCUAACGGCUCGGGCCGAACAGAUCCGAUUCCUCUUAUCGUAUCUAAACGUCGAUUUUGAAGACUUUCGAUUCGAAUUCGAACAAUGGCCAGCGAUAAAACCUACCAUGCCGUUUGGAAAAGUGCCAGUGUUGGAAAUCGACGGAAAAACAUUUAAUCAGUCCAUAGCUAUUUGUCGAUAUUUGGCGAAAAAAGCCGGCUUGGCUGGUAACGACGAAUGGGAAUCGUUAUUGGUAGACAUUGCUGUUGAUAAUAUUUAUGAAAUAAGACAAGAAAUCAUGAAUUACUAUCACGAACCAAAUCAGGAAAUCAAAUUAAAAUUACGUGACUCUAUCGUGAAAGAUUCAAUCCCAUUUUAUUUUGACAGAUUUGAAAAGAUCGUUUCUGAAAAUGGUGGCUACUUUGUAAAUGGAAAGUUAUCUUGGCCUGAUUUAUACUUCGUGUCUAUUUUGGAUCACAUAAAAUCGGUAAUCGAUGUCGACCUUAUUGAUGGCCGUCCACACCUCGAAGCUCUUAAACACAAAGUCUUAGCUAUUCCUCAAAUCAAAUCAUGGAUCGCUAAACGACCAAAAAGUCAAUGAAAAUAUCCAUAAUAUUAUUUUAUAUAAUGAAUGAUACUUAGAUACAUAUAAAUUAUAUUAACUAUAAAUCUAUAAA